AUGGAGGGCUCUGUUCAUCGAUUUCGGGUCCAACGCGGGAAUGCCCCUGCGCAACCAGAUACCAAAGAGCAGCGGAACCAGGGAUCCGCCGUUGGGGCCCCGCAUGGCCCCGCUCACGCUCGACGCUCAUCAACUCUACCCGCGUGCCGAAGGUGUCGCCAGCAGAAGAAGCGAUGCACGCGAACUGCAGAGGGGCCAUGUAAACCAUGUCUUGCGGCCUGGUUGCCCUGUUCCCUUAUGGAGCGAGACGUGAGUCCGCAUUCAAGAGAAAGGGAGUUACGUUCUCGAAUCGACUGGCUUAGCCAGUUGGUGAAUCAGACGUUGCCAGCGGGUGGGCCGCAGAUCGAGUCUAUUGAAACGGGCCGAGGGUUGUCACUGGGGUCUAGUGGAACUCAAUCCCCAUCAGUUGACCCGGUCGAGGAAAUGGAGACCGAUGAGACUGUCCGUGGCGAGAGUCAAUUUUCGACCAAAUUGGAAGACGACGACAAGGCUAUUUCCGUCUCAGGGGGAAGAAGGUGUCUGCAGGCUUACUUUCGACACGUCCACCGUGCGUAUCCAUUUUCAGAUAGCGAGGUUGUUCAGCAGGAUUUUGAGACCCUGUGCAAGCAACAGGCGGAAAAUGACUUUCUCCCGCGAUCGACCGUGCCAAGCCGGCUGCAUAUGCUUAUGGCUAUCGGGUAUACAACACUGCAACGUGCCGGUGAAGCUCAAAAUAUGGAAGAGCGACCGUUUGAACCGUGUCUGAAGACAGUUUUCUGCGAGUGCGUCUCCCAAGUGAAUGAGGAUUCGGCAGGCACACUACUCCUGCUUGGCUUGUACCUCCUAUUCAAGCCUAAUGAUCUGGAUCCCAGGUCCAUCGUCGGCGUACUCACCCGCCAUGCGUUGGCAACAGGUCUAGUCAGUGAGACAGUAAACAUACAGAAACUUUCCCCUCGUGCAUUAGAGCUGCGCCGUCGGCUAAGUUGGUCAAUUUACGUCUUCGAUCGCAUGAUCGGCAUAUCAUAUGGACUUCCAUCCGGGAUUCCGAAUGACACAAUGCAGGUGCCAUUGCCAAGCAUCAUGAUCCACGAGUACGGGUCUCCAGAAGGUCACCAAUAUACGAUCGCGCUGCAGGUCAGCAGACACGUCAUUGCUCUCCGCCAACUUGAGACUAUUAUUGUGAACUCAAUUUAUCAAAAAGGCACUCCAGUGCAUACACAGGAGCUACGACGGCAGAUUGAAGACUGGUAUACCCAAGGGUGCCUUCUGUCUAGCUCGGCGCUAUGGGAACAAGAUCAAGUGCCGUUUCAUACGACCAUCACCUGGUUGAAUGUUCGCUAUCAAAAUCUUCUGCUCCUACUAUAUACCCCCGCACGAGCGAAUUCUGCCGCUGAAGAUAGCUUGACCCAGCUGCAGGCAGCGGCUCAGCAGUAUAUCCAACUGAGUCUUAUUCUUCACGAGCAUCGGCACCUACCCAUGAAUUGGGUCACUUUGUGCCGCUUGCUUUCAUUGGCGGCCAUAUUCCUUUACUGCGUAGCGCAGUGGUCACCAACAUUCCCAGAGAUCCCGGAGAUCACUCUGCUUGCCUCAUUAUUGGAGCUCUUCGACCCGUCCUGGGUCCCCGCACACGAAGCUGCUCGGAUCAUGCGACGCAAGUCUUCUACAUCGUCAGUCAUCACGUCCCCAGGGCUGGAAGUGGAGCUUGGACUACAGGCAAUACAGGAUGAGCUAGCCGGUUUAUUAAGCAACACGUUGGGUGAAGCAAGCUUCUAUAUCUGGCCUUUGAGGGCAAAGGUCUCUGAUCGCCGACUCUCACAUCAGCUCGUUGCUAUGGAGGGUAUGAGCGGUAUGCCUGAUGGUCAAUUCGGUUCACGUAUCAGUAUGCACAACAGUGCUUUUACACCGGCAGAUAAUGCUUUGACGAAUAGCCCGUUGGAAACACAAUGGAUGAGUCUACUCGGUGGCCUUGGAUCAGAUAUGCUUUGA